ACUUGAUUCAACGUCGAAAAACAGAUGCUUUUUUCCUCAGUUAUUCUUUGUUGGUGUACUUUUCAUAUAUUUCGCGUCUAUUAUUGCGUUUAAUUGCAAGGAAAUCGAAAAAAGUCUUUAAAUACUUAAGAUAAAAGUGGAACAAGUGUAUUAAACAAAUUUUAAAAAAUAAAAAUAUGGACGCAGAAAAUACAUUAAGUGUAACGAACGGUGAUGCAGUUAAGAAACCAUUUUUAAUAGGAGUAGCAGGAGGUACAGCCAGCGGCAAAUCUACAGUAUGCAAGAAAAUCAUGAAAGAAUUGGGACAAACAGACAUGGAUCAUACACAGCGUCAAGUCGUAACUAUAAGUCAGGAUAGUUUUUAUCGUGAACUGACGGCUACGGAGAAAGCAAAAGCUUUCCAAGGUUUAUACAAUUUCGAUCAUCCAGACGCCUUUGAUGAACAGCUUAUGUACGAAACACUACAAGCCGUACUAAAAGGCAAUAAAGUCGAAAUACCGAGCUACGAUUAUAGAACGAAUUCACUUGAUUAUGAGAACAAACUAACAAUUUAUCCGGCUGACGUUGUAUUAUUUGAGGGUAUUUUGGUGUUUUAUUUUCCCAAGAUACGCGAUCUUUUUCAUAUGAAACUCUUUGUUGAUACUGAUUCAGAUACACGCUUAGCUAGAAGAGUGCCUCGCGACAUAAAUGAAAGAGGCCGCGAUUUAGAUGCGGUCUUAACACAGUAUAUGACUUUCGUUAAGCCAGCUUUUGAAGAGUUUUGUUCACCGACUAAAAAGUUUGCCGAUGUUAUAAUACCGCGGGGUGCUGAUAAUACAGUUGCAAUUGAUCUCAUUGUACAUCACAUUGGGGAAAUCCUUAGACCUGGUGGCUGCAGUGCUAAUAACACGGGCGCCUUUUCGGCCAACCAUAAUAACGCUGCCACUACUUGUACUACCACAACCAUCACUACCAGUAUCACUACUACUACUACUACUACUACUACCACUACUACAUCACCUAGCGCUAAAACCAAUAAUACCACCUCCGCUAUGAUCAGGGAGCAUUAAAGUAUUUGUUUCACAUACUUGUGUAUUGUUCCACAAGACGUGUGUAUGUGUGCGCGUGUGUAUAUGGGUGUGCGUGUGUAUGUAUAUGCUUACUUUGUUAGUUAGAGUCAGCCAACUGCAGAAUUGACAAUUAUGUAAAUCAAAUCACUUAAUCACCUGGCAACAGAACUCUCAAUUAACUCUAAUAUCACUUUAAAAUCAUUUAUUUUAUUUUUAAUUUUUUUUUUCUUUUUUAAGUAAUACUCUAAAACUAAGUGAAACGAUUAAAAAAACAAAAAGGUUUUAAUAUCCACCACCAUCACAAAUUUAUAUUAUAUAUAAAAUUUGCAAGGUUGAUCGCGUCAAUUAACUAUAUUUGCACUCAACUCCUAGACAGUCGUGCAAAAUAUUUAGAGAUGGUUUUUGAUUAACUCUCUAUUACUAAAUAUAGAUAUAACAUGUUUACUUUAUGAAUUUUCUCAUACUCCACUUUUAUGACGAAGGACAACGAUGCACAUGGCCAAGUCAAGUGAGAAUUCGCAAAAUGUUUUAUAUCACUCGUGCAACAAAUAGACCCAUUAAUAGGCAUGGCAUCAGACCGGAUGAUACGGCAGACAAUUUUCAAGCUUUUAUCUCCAAUUUUAUGAAUCUAAGACUGAGAGACAUGGCAUCGGGCAAGAUUUCUAUGCUGAAACUGAGGUCAAUUGUCAUUUUUCUAACUCAAUUUUUGUGACCGAGCCGAAUUUCAGUUCCGUUUUGAUCAAAAGUAUACAUAUUAUAUUGUGCUUUUUUAAGAGCUACGAAUGGAUGUGUAUAUUAAUGUAUCCUUAUGCUUUGGUGGUGGGUAUAACAAUCGGCUCCGUAUUCAAGAUGCAGUUUAGAAAAGAUCACAUAUCAUUUUAAAUCUCAGCUCAUGAUGAAUGCUGCUGAUUAUCCCUUUUUACAAUUAUUGCUUGCGCUUAUAACCUUUAAGAGAAAACAAAAAAAAAAAAAAUUUUUUUUGAAAAGUUAAUAAACACUGCAUCCUGAAUGAGAACAAUAUUUUCGUAACUAAGUUUGUUGUAGUAAAAUAAUUUGCAUUUAUUUUUCUUAUCAAUUUCUAAUUUGGCUUUAAAAUUGAAAAUUGACAAAAAAAAGGAGAAAAAAACUCAAUUACAAUGAAUAUACUACCACAAGUCUGAACAAUUGUCUUAAGAGAAAGUAGUUAAUGUUAAAAUGUUGUAGUUUUACGAUUGUAUAAAUCACUUAACGCUUUCCGUAAAUAUGUGGUUAUUAACAACAAAACCUACAAAUAUGUAAACUUUAAAUAAUUUUUGCAGUUUAUAUUAGAUACAAUGCAAGCAAUUUUGAUGCUCAACAAAAAUUCCCAAUUAAAAAAAGAGGAUCGUAACAAUUUUGCUGUAACAGAGAGAGUGUAUACAUAUUAAGUAAUACUGUUACUGCUUAAAAAAAACAAAAAACAAAAAACAAAAAAAAUAAAUUGUUUGCUCUUAAAAAAAAUACAUUUCCUUGAAUGAAGGAAUUAAAGGAAGGAAGGAAACAUGUAAGUUAUCUGUAGUUAAUAAUGCGCAUUAGGUUAAAUGCUUUUAGAAAACAGACAUGCACUUAAGGUAAGUUUUUUAUACAUUUUUUUUAUUUAAUUCAAAGUUUUUUAAGAACUUUAUCUAACCAUUGUGUUGUAUAAACAAUAAAUUAUAUUUUAUUUUUUCUGCUCUUUUU